AUGGAAGGGAUCACAGAAAACGUUGUGACAAUGUACUGCUGCAUGUACCCAGGAUGCAACAAAAAUUACAGCACCAAGUUUAACCUCAGAAGACACGUAAAUAUCGUUCAUCUGACUAAUAAAAAGCACGCCUGCCAAAAGUGCUUAAGAUGCUUCGCAAGUAGUCAAAACUUGAAGGAGCAUAUGCAUAUCCACUCAGGGAUUAAGCCCUUUGUGUGUCCAAUAUGCAGGACUAAAUUUAGGCAAACAAGUCAGCUGACUGUUCAUCGAAGAAGCCACCAAGAUGAGUUUCUUGAGGACUAA